AUGGACACUAGCUAUAGAAUUGAUGAUGCUUAUCUCCUUCCUCCAGAAGUUCGAGAAGUGCUAGAUAGGAAAUAUAGAAUAUUCCAGCGAAUAACAGGGAACUUCCCAGUAUCUCUAGGAAAAGAUGUCAGUAAAAAAGAAAGAGAAGAAAUGCACAACUCCAGCAGCACCUUAACUUAUGGAGAAGUCGAAUUUAUCUCAAUUGGGGAAAUUUUUGAAACAAUAAAAGCAAGAUAUGGGACAAUACCGUCCGGUGGAGUUUUCUAUGACCUUGGAUCUGGGACUGGGAAAGGUGUUAUUGCUGGAGCAAUGCUUCAUAAUUUUAACAGGUGUGUCGGAAUUGAAAUACUUGAAGGACUAUAUAAUGUUUCAGUCCAGCAAAAGCAAGAGUAUGACAACGUGUUUCCAGAAGAAGUCAAGAAUAGCCCUGAUUUAUUCAGUAAUAAGCCUGAGGUUGAGUUUUAUAAAAAUGAUAUGUUUGUUCAAGGCUGGUCAGAUGCAACUGUGAUUUUUGCAAAUUCAACGUGCUUUGAUCUCCAAAUGAUGGGAAAUAUUGCAGAUGCUCCUGUCGCACCUGGGACUUGGGCUUUGACAUUGACCAAAAACUUCAACUCUCCAAAGUGGAGGAUUUUUGAAAGCAUUAGAAAAGUAAUGAGCUGGGGUGAAGCAACUGUCUAUAUACAGCAAAGAUUGCCAUUAGAAUAA